GGGUGGAAGGUGAGGGGUCCCGGUUUGAAACUGCGGACGGUCUCCGGUGGUGUUUUCGGUCUGAACGGAGCGGACCGGCGGGUUAUAAAACGUGUUUACCUGUGACGGUGAGAUUAAAUCUCGUCCUGCAGCUUCAGAGUCGUCCACUGUCUUCGCCGAGGUCCACCUGUCGUCAUGGAGUCGGAGCUGCUGAUCGGCUGGCAGCAGGAGAAGGCGGAGCUUAAACUGGAGGUGUGUCGUCUGCAGGAGGAGCUGGCAGAGAGCCGAGCAGAGAGAGAGGAGCUGGAGUCCAGGAGCAGAGCUCUGAACGACAGGCUGUGCCAGUCAGUGUGCCCCUCGCUCGCCCUCUCUAUGCGUGCGGAGGGCGAGCAGAGGGAGUGGAGGAGGAGGGUGAGGGAGGGGAGAGAGAGGGAGGCCAGACAGGCUCUGCUCAUCCACCGGCUGCAGAACAAGGUGGUGGAGUACAGAGACCGAUGUCAGCGCUUGGAGCUUCAGCUGCAGGAUGAACACACACAGCUGCUCAACACUGAGUGGAGGAUCCGAGAUGAACAUAGUGACUCUCUGGAGAGCGCCCUCAUCAGGCUGGAGGAGGAACAGCAGAGGUCUGUUGGUCUGGUUGAGACCAACGCUCUCCUGCGAGAUCAGCUUAGCCAAUCAGAGCAGGCCAACCAGACUCUGAAGGAGGACCUCCAGAAGCUGACAGCUGAUUGGACGACAGCUGUGGAGGAGGCGGAGCAGAGAGAGUCUGAAUGGCUGAGAGAGAAGGAGUGUCGGUCGGGUCAUGUGGGUCAGCAGCAGGCUCGGUUGCUGUCUGUCUGGAGAUCUGUAGUUUCUCUGAGACGACACUGUCACACCGUUAAAACCGCCGCCGACAGGGAUCUGUGGCAGUUGAGGGCGGAGUUUACUCGUCUCUCCUCCUCUCUCCUCACCAGCUGUGACUCCGUCUCCUCCUCCCUGCAGCUCAGCGCUCCUCACACCAAACCUUCCUCCUCCUCCUCCUCUGUGUCUCCCCCUAUUCUCCCCUCUGACCCGCCUCCCCCCUCAUCCCCUCCUCCUCCCCCUCCUCCUCCCCUCUCCUCCACUCUGGUCCUCCCUCCUCUGGACUCCAUGGACUCUGAGCCUCCUCUUGUCUCCUCCUCCACCACGCUGGGAACCUUCUCCUUGGGAGAGCUGGAGCACAAAGACGAGGAGGAGAGGGGGGAGGAGAAGGAGUUCCUCCAUGAGACGGAAGUUUCCCAGCUGAAGAAGCGGAUUGUGGAGCUCUCUCGCUCACUGCAGGCUGAGUGCAGUCGGAGGGAGGAGAGGGAGAGAGAGGUAGAGAGACACAGAGACACAGAGAGAAGCCUGCAGUCUGUCAGUCAGGCUGUGGUCAGACUGUCCAGAAUCCUGAGCAGCAGCAGCAGCAGCAGUCGGUCUGUGUGUGUCUCAUCAGACAGCGUGCUCAGUCUGGACCUGUCCUCCCUGCUGUCUGUCCUGUCUCAAACGGAGAGCGCCCUGCAGUGGAGACAGGAGGAACUGCAGGGGGCGGAGCUAUCUCUGCGGCGGCUCAGCGAGGAGAAAACAGCUCUGCAGCUCCGACUGAAACAGCUGGAGGACGACAACCACCAGCUGCAAACACACACACAACGCUCUCAGCUGGAGCUCACACGUACUCUGGACAUACUGACCAGGGAGCAAGAGGCGUCGUCCUCUCUGCGUCUGCAGGUGGAGGAGGUUCAGAGGAGGGAGGAGGAGGUGAAGAGAGAGAACGACAGACUGAGGAGGGAGAGAGACAGACAGGAGGAGAGAAACAGACAGCUGGAGACAGAGACACACAGACGAGUUGAGACUGAGCUGUUGGAGAACGUCCAGCUGACUGAGAGAGAAACUCUCCAUCGUAUGGAGAUCCACACUCUGAAGGGGGCGUUGGAGAGAGAGCAGCUGGACAGACAGAGAGCAGAAGAAGAGGCUGCUGAUGCCAGAGACGCCCUGAAGAAGUCCAGGGAGUGUGUGCUGCGUCUCUCGUCUUCUGAAUGUUUGUUGAAGCGGGAGGUGGACGAGGGACGGGACACUCUGGACAAGAUGGCCGCCCUGAACUCAGCUUUGGCGUCAGACAAGAGAGAGCUGAACAAACAGCUGCUGCAGCUGGAGUGUGAGCUGUCAGACAGCCAAUCGCUGCUCCAGGCUCUGAGGUCAGAGGUCAGCUCUCUGCAGAGAGAGGUCAAGACCCUCAACAUGAACUGCAGCCAGCUCAGAGCCCAGAGGGAGGUGGAGGCCGACGUUAUCCAUCAGCUGAGAGAGAGAGAGGGAGAGAUGGCGAGAAUAAUGGAGGAGAAGGAGAGAGAGUUGGUCUCCCUGAAGGAGGAGAUAGAGAGGGAUGGACGACAGCGGGAGGAGCUGUCCUCCCAGCAUGCCUCGGUGUGUGGGGAGCUGAAGGAGGUGCAGGAGAAGCUGCGGCAGGCGGGCGAGGAGGUGAAGAGGAGAGACAGGCAGCAGGAGGAGCAUCAGAGAGAGACCAGGAGGCUGCAGGAGGAGCAGGACAGUCUGCAGAGACACAAGGAGCAGCUGGAGGAUGAGCUGCAGGAGCUCAGGUCUCUGUCAGUUCCUCUCCACCAGCAGCUGGGGCGGCAGCAGCAGCAGCUGUCACAGGCGGAGGUGGACAGAUGUCAGCUGAACACACACAUUCACACGCUGCAGCAGGCCAAGCAAACCUUACAUGGAGAGAUCGAGUGUCUGAGAGGAGAGUUGGAGCAAGCGACAGCCAGGACAGAGAGGAGAGAGGAAGAGAGGGAGGCGCUGACAGCGGAGGGGGAGGAGCUGAGGAGGAGGAGGGAGGAGGAGGAAGAGGAGAGAAGGAUGGAGAGAGAAGCCUGGCAAAAAGAGAGGGAGGCUCUGAGCGAGGAGCUGGGGACGAGGGACGGAGAGGUGGAGGCGCUGAGGAGGCGUAUAGAUGGACUGACCUCGGAAAAGGAGGAGAGACAGAGGGAGCUGCAGAGACUGAGGGAGGAGGUGACAGAGAGGGAGGCGCGAAUCAGCCACAUGAUGGAAAGAACGCAGAAGGCGAAGGGGGAGAGGGAGAAACUGGAGGAGGAGAUGAAGAGGAUGGAGGUCAUGUUGAGAGAGGAGGAGGUGAAGGGCGAGGAGAGGAGGAGGGAGGACGAGAUGCAGAGGGACGAAGAGAUCGAGGCGCUCUGCGACCGGAUGGAGGGAUUAGAAAGAGAGAAGGAGGAAAGGGAGGAGGAGUUGGAGAGAUGGAGGGCGAGGGUGGAGGAGAUGGAAGAGGAGUUUAACAGGCUGAGAAAAGAAAUCUCCCAACUAGAGGAGGACAGAGAGGAAGAGAGGAGAAAGAAGGAGAGACUGCAAGAUGAAGGAGAGGAGAAGAGGAGGCAGUGGGAGGAGGAGGUCAAACGAUUGAGGGGUGAGGCCAGGAUAGCAGAGGAAGAGGUGGAGAGAAUAAGGGGUAGGGUGGAGGAGGUGGAGAGGGAGAGAGAGGAGGAGAGGAGAAAAAAGGAGACACUUCAAAAUGAGAAGGAGGAGGUUGUAGCGGGACUGUUGGAGAGGCUGAAGGAGAAGGUGGGGGAGGUGGAGCUGCUGAGGAGGCGUAUAGAUGGACUGACCUCGGAAAAGGAGGAGAGACAGCGGGAGGUGCAGAGACUGAGGGAGGAGGUGACAGAGAGGGAGGCGCGAAUCAGCCACAUGAUGGAAAGAACGCAGAAGGCGAAGGGGGAGAGGGAGAAACUGGAAGAGGAGAUGAAGAGGAUGGAGGUCAUGUUGAGAGAGGAGGAGGUGAAGGGCGAGGAGAGGAGGAGAGAGGACGAGAUGCAGAGGGACGAAGAGAUCGAGGCGCUCUGCGACCGGAUGGAGAGAUUAGAAAGAGAGAAGGAGGAAAGGGAGGAGGAGUUGGAGAGAUGGAGGGCGAGGGUGGAGGAGAUGGAAGAGGAGUUUAACAGGCUGAGAAAAGAAAUCUCCCAACUAGAGGAGGACAGAGAGGAGGAGAGGAGAAAAAAGGAGAGACUGCAAAAUGAGAAGGAGGAGGUUGUAGCGGGACUGUUGGAGAGGCUGAAGGAGAAGGUGGGGGAGGUGGAGCUGCUGAGGGUGAGGCUGAACGUGGCCAAGGAGGAGUGUGAGGAGAUGAAGGAGGAGGUUGAGAGGAGGGAGCGCAGCCUGGAGCGUCAGAUGAGCGCCGUGAGGGAGAGCGAGGAGGAGGUGGAGCAGCUGAAGGAGCAGCUGAGGCUGCGGGAGGAGCAGGAGGAGGAGGGAGCGAGGGAGCACCAUGAGGUGAAUGAGAAACUGAAGCAGAAAGAGGCGAGGGAGGAGCAGUUGGAGAUGCUGCUGAGAGAAACCCGGGUUCUCCUGGAGAAAGAGAGGAGGAAGGGAGGAGAAAAAGACGACAGGAUUUCCUUCCAGGCCAGGGAGCUGCAGGAGGCUCGGGCCGAGAGCGAGGGAGUGAGGCGGAGAGCCAGACAAAUGGAGGAGGCCCACGACAGGCUGGAGGAGGAGGUGAAGGAGUGGCAGGAGAAGGCAGAGCGGAGCACAAGGGAGUCGGCAAAGCUCAGCCAUUUCCUGAAGGAACGAGAGGAGGAGGCGCAGCAGCUGAGAGCCACGCUGGAGGAGAGGGAGGAGGAGGGGAGAGAGAGAGAGGUGCUGAGGAGAACGGAGGAGGAAAGGAGGAAGCAGCUGGACAUUAAGCUGAUGGAGAUGGAGGAGGAGAAGAGGAGGCUGGAGGAGGAACGGGACGAAGAGAGGGAGGCACUGAGGAGAACAGGGGAGGAGAGGAGGAGGUUGGAGGACAAGUGGGAAGCGAUGAAAACCGAAGUGAAGGAGCAAAGAGAGGAGCUGAUGAGGACAGAGGAGGAUAAGAGGAGGCUGGAGAACAGACUAAAGGGGAUGCAGGAGGGGAGAGAGGGAGAGGAGGAGGAGCUGAGGAGGGUCAGGGAGGAGAAGAGGAGGCUGGAGGAUAAGCUGAUAGAAAGGGGAAAAGAAAUGGAGGGACAGAGGGAUAUGCUGAGGAGUACAGAGGAGGAGAAGAGGAGGCUAGAAGAUGAACUGAGGAAGGCCAAAGAGGAGCGAGGGAGACUAUCAGAGAUUGAGAGAGGGAGGUCCAGGGUGAGAGAGCUGGAGGAGGAGAAGGCAGGACUGUUUGUGGAGCUGAGGAGGAGGGAGAGGGAGGGGAUAGCUCUGAGAGAGGAGGUGCAGAGGGAGAGAGUUAAGGCACAGGAGGAGCUAAGGAGGAGAACAGAGGAGGUGUCUGUACUUAGGGAGGAGGUAACAAGGGAACAAAGGCAGAAGGAGGAGAUACGAGACAACCUGAGGAGGACUGAGGAGGAGGUGACAGCUCUCAGUGUGGCAGUGAAAAGAGAACAAAGGGAGAAGAAGGAUGCGCUGGAGGAGGUGACUGCUCUCAAAGAGGACGUCCAGAAGGAGCAAAGGAGGAGGGAGGAGACCCAUGAGAAGUGGAGGCAGAGGGAAGAAGUGCAGGAGGAGCUGAGGAGGACCAAGAGGGAGCUGUCUGUACUUAGAGAGGAGGUACAAGAGGAACAAAGGGAAAAGAAGGAGGCGCAGCAGGAGCUUAUGAAGAGGAGAGAAGAGGUGGCUGCUCUCAGAGGGGAGUUGCAGAGGGACUGGAGGCAGAGGGCGGAGGUGCAGGAGGAGCUGAGGAGGACCAAGAAUGAGUUAACAGUCAUCACGGAGGAGAUACGCAAGGAACAAAGGGAGAAGGAGCAGACGCAGGAGACGUUAACGAAGACGGAGAAGGAGGUGACAGCUCUGGGUCAGGAGGUGCAGAGGGAACGGAGGAGGAGAGAGGAGGUGCAGGAGGAGCUGACGGGAGUGCAGCAGAAUGUGGAGCUGAUGGAGGUGAACCUGAGCUCCCUGCAGAGUCAGGUUUCUGAUCUGAGUCAGAGCAGGGAGCGAGCUAGGCAGGAGGUGAAGGAGAAGGAGGAGGAGAGGCAGCAGAUGAAGGAGGGUCUGAGGGCCGCACUGGACGAGAUGACCCGGCUGAAACUCCUCCUGCAGGAGAGUCAUACGGAGGGGGAGCGUCUGAAGAGCGCCCUCAAGGAGAAGAAGGAGGCGGCGGAGAGGGUCAGAGAGGAGAACCUGAGGACCGUCAUGGAAGAGGUGCUGCGACAGAGGGGGGAGGUGGAGAAGGAAAGAGGAGAGAUGGAAGAGCUGAGAGCAAGAGCUAAGGCCCUAGAGAGGAGGAGGAAGGAGGUGUUGGAGGAGCUGGAGGAGGCUCGACAGGCAAAGGAGAAGCUAGAGGAGGAGAGGAGGGAGGCCGAGGAUCGGUGGAAGGAGAGAGUGGAAGAGAUGGAGGAGGAGCAGGAGCUAAAGCAGAAAGCUCUGUUGAGAGAAAUGCAGACGCUGAAGGAGACACAAGAGGAGAAGGAGAAGGAGUGGAGGUCCAGGGUGGAGGAGGAGAGGAGGGAGGUGGAGGAGGUGAGGAGGGAGUUGGAGGAGAGCCAGGCUGAGCUGAGCCGGGUCAGAGCCACGGAGGCUAUGUUGGAGGAUCAGAAAACACAGAUCCCCUCAAUGGCUGCUGAGAGAGCGUUGGAGGCUGAGAGACUGAGAGAGGGGGAGGAGGAGGAGGAGCACGAGGAGGUGGGCCGGCGGAGGUGGAGAAAAGACCAAAGAGGAGAGGAGCAGGAGGUGGAGGAGGAGCAGAUCUCCUCUCUGCUGCAGGACAAAGAGGAGAUCAGGAGGCAGCUGAGACAGAGAGAAUCGGAGGUGUACACUCUGACUCAGAGGACAGAGCAGCUGGAGAAGGACAGGGAUCAGAUCCGAUUGGCUCUGGAGCGAACGGAGGCAGCUAUGAUUGGCUACAGGGAGAGAGCCCACCAACGAGAGCAGAGCUCGGGGGCGGGAUCUAACCCAGAGGAGGGUGUUGGGGACAGACUGAUGGUCCUGCAGCAUCUGGUGGCUGAACUGGAGCUGGAACAGAAACGACUGAACAAGAGAAACUUUCAUCUGGAAAAUCAGAAAGACAAACUGAAGAGGGACAGAAACACACUGAGAGACACACUGAGACAGGUGGAGGAGGAGCGUUCGAGGCUCAGACAGCAGCCCACUGACAGCAGCAGAUCUCAGGAGUCUAAAGACACCACAGAAGAAGAGCGCCUGAGGCAACGAGUUAGGGAGCUGGAGGAGCAGGUGAGUCAGCUCCGUUUCUCAUUGGUCGUGGAUCAGCGGCAGAGGACGGAGUUUAUUCAGCAGUCCUCCAGAAACAGCCAGUGGCUGCUCUCUCUGAGACAAGACCUCAGCGAUUCGCUGGCCACCGUCACACGCCUUCCAAUCCCAUCUGUCCUGGAGUCUGAGACGCAGCGAUUGGACCGCAGCCUGAGGGAGGAGGAGCUUAGGAUGUCCCUCAGCCAAUCAUAACACCUGACAAAUAAAAGCUCUUAACUGAAGCUUCUGACCAAAAACUUUACACCAAAACAGACUCAAAGACAAUCUGCUGUACUGUCGCUAUUGAAACACUUCGAUUAUUCAGAACCACAUUUUACUGAGUUCUUUUUAAAGGACGUCAAACACGGCACAUAGUUUCGAGCUGUGUUCUGAUCGGCUGUUAGCAGCAGUCGAGUCACAGCCUAGGCUGCCUGUGGUGUUUUUAGACCGGUAGUAGAGAUGGAGCAGUUUUUCUGAGUCGGUCCCUGUUUAUACGCAGGAUGCGGUACAAGUUCCUGCCGGUGGUCUCACAUUAUUCCACUGAUCCACAGGAGAAGGUGACAUCACAAGAUACGCAGCAGAGAAGAAGAAAACUUCAUGCUAGUAAACAUGAAUGUAAACGGUUCAGGUUUUAAGACUUUUAAAAAUCCGUCCGCAAAUGUUUAAUGAGAAAGAAAAUAAAUUAGUUUUCAGAUCUCGAGGAUCCUCCUGCGAGUUUUAGUCAGACGCACUGAACUGUUUUAGUUGACUCUGGAGAGUUUAAGUGCGUCCAUCGCACAUUUGUUUACAUCAUCAAUCUGUUUUCUUUGCCGUGGUGUCAGAGAUGCAACAGAGGCUGAACACAGAGCGUGAGGUCAAGACCUGAUGAUAAGGGAUUCAUCGGCCGCAGAUCUUAACGAAUCCAGGUGUGUUACUGACAUGGAACCAGCUCCGCUGCACUUUUCUUGGCUGCGGCAGAAGCAGGAUGUAAACUUCACAACCCGAGUCGUGUCUGAGACUGAGCGAAGCAAAGAACUACCUGAUGGAAGUGGAGACGGGGGUGGAGACCGAGGCUGACCGGUGAAGUCGACUAAACUACCUCUGAACCAGACGCGGGUUCAACUUCCUCUGCUGCCGUCAGCAGCCAAUCGGGAAAGAGGAUCUUAUAUCUGAACUACGACCGGGAAAUACUACACUUUGACUUUCCACACCAGAUUUCCAUCGAGUCUCACAGGCUGACACGGGAGUUUGGUGCGAGUGACGCCAACAGACAGGUUGCACAAGUUCUUCGGUUUUGUUGUCGACCAAAGCAAAUCCAGUGUUUGUUUGUCCUGGAUAUCCUGUCCUCCGGAAGACGCUCGUAAAGGCGCAGAUAGAUGUGUGAAGAGUAAUCCCUGGCUCCUGUCUCACCUCCGCACAGCCGACCACUCAACGCGGAUGUCAGAUCGUCGGUUUCGGGACGCGACAGAAAUGUCCGGACAGGCACACGUGGUCGCGGUCGACCACGGAGGAGGUGGAGCAGAGAGAUGACGACGACUCGCUGAGUUCGUCUCAGUUUGGAGACUUUUUGAAGUUGUAUCUGUUUAUAAGAAGGGCCGUCACUGAACCAGUCACUGUCCAGACAAACCAGUCAAUGUCGACACUCAGAACCAGUUAGAAGACGCUCACUCAGUUUUAUUUUUAAAACAGGCGAACAGCGUUUAAAAGUUUCACCACACAAAUUCAGUUAUAAUAAAAAACAACCCUGAGCUUCUUAACAAUCCCAAACUCCUAAUGUGACAGUUAUUGAUUUGUUAUUGAUCAGUUAUUUAAGUUACGUGUCAGUUUACUGAGUUAUUGUUUUGUAUCUGUAUUUAUUUUCUGUUUUGAUUUUAAGUCAGACCCCUGAGCCAUGACACACUGGAUUUCCCAUGAUCCUUCAGUCUAAGCCGUGAGUCUGGCUCACGUGAAGGUCGGAGGUCGGCUUUGUGUUUGUGUAGAGUUAAAUAAAGUUUUUAUAACGUGACGUAGUUUUUCAUGAGAUGUUUGUUCUGACUGUAAAGACCUCUCCGGCCUGCAGGGGGCGCUAUCAGCACUUUAACUCUAGGUUUCUGUUUUAAUCCUCACGUUUGCAGCUGUGUUCCAGCUGUUGAUGAAUAAAGGAAAUAUAAAACACAGAACGUUGGCGUCUUUGAGGAGGAAAGAAGCCACAGACGACAACACCAAGUCUGGUCCGGUCUGUAGCUUUCAGUCGCCACCAGUGCACCUGUGUCACGCUGUGGUUAUACACCUUUAUAACGCACGCACGUUGGCACGUUGGCAGCUUCUACCUCCUGUCCUUGGAGACCAGACACUGCUGCUGCUUUCCCAGGAAGAACUAAAGCUGUGUGAUGAUCCGACUGGAAGCCAGGUCUAUUUUUACCUCCUGCUGCCUCCCUGUCGGCUCUGUUUCCCCUCGGGUGUUUUGUGGCUCCGCAGCGGCGGCGGUGUCCGGAUCUCCGGAGACGUGGCUCAGACUCUGACGCAGCUUUGACCAGAUCCCAGUGUUUCCUAACGUCUCUGUCACCGGCUCCAACUCCUCCGUCAGCGGAGGCUGCUGGAUGAACAGACGACAAACCACAACACAGUGAAACACAGGAUGGAAUAAUAGAAAAUAAGUAGAACAAACACUGAACAUUAAUAAACACUGACACGUCCUCAGGUCUGAUUAUAAUCUACAGUCUGUUAUAGACCAGUUAUUACAUGGUUAUAUACUGAUUAUUGAUGCUAAAUAAAUUGCUACUGAAAAUUGUGUUUAUAUGUUAAAAUGAAUCCUGUAGAAAGUUUCAAUGAAAAUAAAUGAAUUUAGAAUCUUAAACUGCAUAAGAUGGUGACUGGAUGGAAGAGACUGGUUUUAAUAUUGUUUAGAAAUUGUCUCUUGUGUUUUCCUGCUUAUUUAUCAUUUCGUUUUUGUAAUUUUGUGCAUCACAGACAUAAAACUAUAAAAUGCGAACACCACUGCUGUUUAGCUUUAUUCAA